CCGCUGUGGUCUGUUUUUAUCGACCGCUCAGAAGUUGCGAACGCUUUUUUACUCAGUAAACUAGAGUCGCGCUAGCGUUGAGGUUGUGUUGUUGCGAGUUGCAAAGUUUUAAUUCGUUGGAAGUUCGUAUCAGUGCCGGUAGGCAAAAAGCAAUUACGGCGUCCUGCAUUUUACAGACGCGUACAUCCCAAUGUCAGGGGAUGGACACGACAUUUUAUGAAGAUUCACGAUACCGCGGUAAAGAAGAAAUACGCGGGAUGAAGCGGCCUAUGACUUUAGAUCUAAAUUUUGCAAAGAGCAGUAAAAAGCAGAGAAUGACUUCGGUCCUUACUUCGCCGGACAUGAAUAUGUGCAAGUUAGGCUCUCCAGAAUUAGAAAAAUUAAUAAUUGCUCAACAUGGUUUAAUUGGAGCUACACCUACACCAAACCAAUGCAUGUAUACUAAAAACGAUGAUCGAGAGCAGUAUACUAGAGAUUUUACUGAUGCCUUAAGUGGACUUCAAGCUGCCACUUCUAACAGCAAUAAUAUCAACGUGUCUUUAUAUCAACAACCACAGACUAUUCAAUCGGACAUUAAUAUUGUAUCUGUAAGUAAUAGUUCGAGUUGCAACCUGAUGCCUCCGUCUUCAUUACCGUGUUCGACGGCACCUAUGGUGGAUUCGUAUGGAUAUCCCCAACCUUUGUCUUCAAUAAAUGUCAACUGUAAUCCUAUGGUUUCGUCCACAAUGAAUUCGAACUGUUUUCCUCCAGUAAAUAAUGGAUAUUAUAGUCUGGAACCUAUCGUCUCCAUUAAAGAGGAGCCUCAAACCGUCCCAUGUAUUGGGACAUCCCCACCGCAGUCUCCCAUUGAUAUGGAAGAUCAAGAAAGGCUAAAGUUAGAAAGGAAACGUUUGAGGAAUCGUAUAGCUGCUAGCAAAUGUCGACGAAGAAAACUUGAGCGGAUAGCCAGGCUAGAAGAUAAAGUCGCUCUCUUGAAAAAUGAAAAUGCUGAACUAAAUAAUCACGUUACUAAACUCCGCGAGCAUGUUUGUCAACUGAAACAGCAAGUUAUGGACCAUGUUCGAUCGGGAUGCGAAAUUUUAGUUACUCCAUUUCCAACAUAUCCAGAAGAUCUGUGAGUCUUUUUAAAUAAGCUGUAAGUACUAAAAUCAUUCUCAAUUUUUUUCACAUUUGCAUGACGUGAAGCGAAUGUUUGUUGACAUUGGCCACCGUUUGAAAAUCAACUUAAGUGCUCUUGUUUCACUGAAUAUUUUUUCAUUGAGAAUUUUUUUAUCAAAGUGAAAUACAACUUCGUAUGCUAUUUGUUGUCUUCAUUAGUGUUUUGACUUUGAUAAACGUAUUUUUGUAAAGCAUAAAAAAUUCAAAUUUAGUGAUAAUUUUAUGUAUUCAGCUUUCAUAUUUUUAUUCCUCAUGCAAAUAAUGUAAUUUCUAUGCAAUAGCUGUUUGUUAGGAUAUUAACUGAAAUUUUUAUGAAAUUUCGUUUACCUGUAUGUUAAUUUCAAAUGCAUGACAUUAAUCAUAAUUUGUAUUUCCUAGAUUGUAUGUUUUGUUUGAAUUGAUACAUAGUAUUUAUGUAUUAGUAAUUUGUUGAAUAUAGCAUAAACGGGAUGAUGUUUUCCUUGCUAUUCAAAGUAAAAUGUAAUUAAAUAUGUAUAUGUGAAGGAAUUAAUCAUGUAUACAUGAAAAAUAUAUGUUUAAGGGAAUAGUUUUAAAUGAAACAUAUGCUACCCAUCAUAUUUAUACAUUGAUAAUCUGAUAAUUGUUAUGAUAAUGUAACAUGAAAUAUUUUCUUAUAUUACUGAACUUUUGCAAAUCUGAUUGAGUAAAGUUAAAAAAUUAACAACUAUAGCCUUAAAAGACAAAUCAUUAUGAAGAGCUAGAAAAUUAGGUGGAAAAUAUGGCCUUAAAUAACCUCGAAAGGAAAAAACAUACAUUUAGCCAUUCAUUUUUAUAAUGUUAAUUUGUUGCAAAAAAGUGAAAAGAAGUAUUUUGAAUAUUGUUCUAAAUGAGUAGAAUCAGAUUUACACCAUUGUGAAGGAAAUGAGAAUUUUUAUGAAAUCUAUGGAAUAUACUCAUAAGAGCAUUUUAAAAGUUUGUCAAUAAAACUGUUAUAGAAAUAUUUAUCUAUAUCAUCCAUCAACUGCCUUAACUUUAGAAAUUACCUUAAGGAAAUUCUUUCCUAUAUCCGAGUUAUUUUGUGCUGCUAUAUAACUAUACAGAGUUUUAUUUCUAUUAAUUUAUUUCAAUCGUAAAUUAUUGCUUUAUGAUAUGGAAUCCUUAAUAUCCAUUCCCAUAUUAAAGAAAGAAUUCUUUUACAUACAUAAGAAAUUAAUAUAUUAUUUAAUCUCAAUAUCUUUAAUGAUGCAACCAUUCAUGCAAAAAUACUUUACAUAAGUAAAUUUUCAAUAAUAAGAUAAUAAUUUUUAACUUGUUUAUAGACAGCUGCUAUGAAUGAAAUGACUUGUGAUUUUAAAAAUAUAGAUAUAUUUUUGGAAAUAUUUAUGUAAAAUUUGAUAAAUGCAUAUGUAUUAUUAUACAAAAGUAUUAUCACAUUUUUCUGUAGCAGUUUCAUAGCUUAACAAAUAUGUAAGAAAAAAAAGCAUGUUUACUUUUAAAUAUUUUUAAGUUUAUAAUUUUGUAGUACCUUCAUGUGACAUAGAAUAUAUAUGACUGUUCUUGAUUGUUCAUGAAUUGAAUGUAUAUUAGGGCAAAAUAAUAAUAAUAAUGUAAAACUAGCUUGGAAUAGAUAUUUCAAGUAUUUUUUAUUUCUUCCCUUUUUAGUAAUGUAGUUUUUUUAAAAAUCUUUAUAUGCAAAUUUAUCAAAAUGAUGGUUUAUUCAGUAAAAAUGGAUUUUUAGAAACAAUAUGAAAACUAAUAUUCAUAUUCAUGAUAGGCUGGAUUAAAGAAAUUUUGUACAGAGGUCAAAAUUACGUAAAUUUGCUCAAAAUGCUCUGGUUUUAUUCAAUUUCCCCAUAAGAAAUAAUUUUAAAAAAUUAUAUCUUAAUGUGGGUUGUUUUUCUUUAAGUCUUUUCUUUUUGUAAAAAUAAUUAAACGAUUCUUUAGAGAUUCAACUAAAUUAUCCUUGUUUUUAGAACAUGAAUAUUCUGAUGCACAUAUUUAUCCAUAUAUUUUAGUAUCAGAAAAACUUGGGAAAUUUUUUUAAACUGUUAUGUGUUGGAAAUUUAUUCUUUUAGUGUAGCAUUUUAUCAUUCCAUUCCAGCAGAGCACCUUUAUGUAAUUUUUGAAAAAUGUGUUAUGCACAGCCAACUAAAGAGAAUAAAAAAGCGAAAAGAAUAUUUGCUUUUAAAAGUGAUUUUUACUUUCUAAAAAAUCGAUUUGAUAAAUAUCACAAUAAAGACAGCUUGUAAUUUUGAAAACCUAAAUUUUAAAUCGGCAACUAUAUUUUUGCAAAUGGCAUAUUCCUAUAACAUUCCUUUUCUUCUUGUACUGACUUAAUUUACUGACCCAUUAAAAUGGUUGUGUGAAAUGAAUUUUCUGAAUGGAAAAGAUUUGUAUGCUGUGAGAUAUAUAAUCAGUUGUAGCUUUAAAAUCUGAGCCUAGAGUUAUGGCAUUAUUUUUCAUUUAAUAUUUUUUAAUUAUCCUUUUGCUUUGUGGCAUUAUAUUUGCAAAAUAGUGCUUUGUAGCAGAAAACACUAUUGCUCACAUACUAGAUAUAUUAGUUCCUAUGUUCUUGUUUUUUUUAUGAGUGUUUUAUUUUAUGUUCACAUGUCAUGCCUUGAUUGUUUUUAAUUUUAUGAAUAGUAAAUUAUUUUUAUGUUAUAUUAUCAUAUUAAAUUUUAGUGCAUGUUUAAAGCUAUUCCUAAUUUUAAAUUAGCUUAGGUGUAAGAUUCCCUGCCCCCCACGUUUGCUCUAAACUGUCAAAUAAUUGCCAAAUUGAUAUUUUUUUACUGUUACAGCUUUCAUGGCCAAUUUAUAAUUUCCUAAUAAUUGUUUUCAGCUGCUUUGUUAACUCAAUCCCAAUAUUUCUUUUUAUAUUCAACUUUUUAAAGCUUGAUUCACUUGGAUGAGCCUUUAUUCUAAAAUUUGAAUUUAGGUUUCUAAAAUUAAUGUAAAAAAAAUUUCAUUACUUAUUGAUCAUUGUCCGGUCUUUUAAAGAGGCCCAAAAAUAUAUUCCAUUAAAUUAAAAUUCAUUUAAAAGUCAAUAUUCACAAUAUUAAUUAUUUUAUAGUACUGUAAUGAUUCAAAGAUUUUUUAGCCAUCUAAUUAUAUAUAAAAUAUUAAAAUUUAAUUUUAAUUAAUAUGCAUGAUGUCUAUUUUUAUUUAAAUUAUUUUUUUUUAUUAAAUUGUAUGUGUGUGUUAACCUAGUCGUGAGCUAUCAUUUGAUUCAAGCUUCAUAAUUUAUGUGUAUAUUCUUAGCUUAUCUUUAAGAUCUUUUUUUAUCUUAAAAAAGUUAGCUUUUUAUAUAAUAUUUGUAUAUAACAGUAUCAAAAUAUAGUAUCGAUUUCAUUUAGUAUUUCACAUGCAUAUUACAGUGGAACCAGUAUAUCUCAGAGACUUAUUGUAAUGAUUGUUAGAUAUACUUUCUUAAAGGAAUGCAUUAGCGCAGAUUGAUUUUACAGAAAUGUUUGAGAAAAAAUACGAUUUGUAUUGAUGUUAAACACAGGAAAAAUGCAUAACUGCUGGAGUGCUUCCAUGACAAGUCUAUUAGUAUUUAAUGGGUAUACUAAUAAAGUUCUAAAUCUGGAGUUAAAUAUAGUUAAACAUAAUAAUUUUUGGUACUCUUCUGUUAUUGGGGGACUGGAUUCAGAAUUGUAUGGAUAUACAUGUUCAUGUAUAUAAUUAUAGAUGUAUGUAUGUAUGUGAGUGUAUACAUGCACAUACAUAUAUACACACAAUACACACAUUUCUGAAUACAGUCCCAAUAACAGAAGAGUUAAUUUUUAAAUAUACUAAUUUUUAAAUAU